AUGACGCGGGCUGGAAGUGAUGCGGUGAUAGCUGCAGCAGCCGGCUCUGAGAAAGACCUCCAUUGUAGGCUUCGCUGCAGCUGGUUUCGGUGGUGCAUUGCCGCCGCGCGUAUACCCAGAGCCAGGGCUGUCCUCAAGGAUGUGAUGUCCAAAUUGAGGCCCUCGCUGGAGUCCCAAUACAAUUAUGAUAUGCGUGUCGAUAGCUUGCUCGACCCGUCCGUCGAUGAUACAGUUAUUGGUCCUGCCGAGAACAAUGGCCAGCAGAUGACAGCCAUACCGGUAAACUUUGAAUCAGGCCAACUACCGUUCUUGGUUGUUAAGCAUGGCGGCCUGUCUCUACUUGCAUGGAAUUUUUGGACGUCUUCACUUGCGAUGCUUCCGACAGUCCUGCGCCAACCCGUGUGGCUUUGCAUGCCAUUUGUACAACAGCCUGACCCCGGACGAGAAUGGGGAGUUGCAUUUCAUCUUCAACCAGCUGAUGGAUCUCUAGAGCCCCGGGGAUCUUUUGCCGAUGUUGCUUUUCUCCGAAAGGUAAAAUUGGAAGCUCUUCGGCUUGUUUAA